AGCAAGGCUUCAUCACGUCCAGAAGAGUGCACUUGACUUCACGUGAGGGACUGUAACUAACGGGCCAAAUGGUGCUGCACGUGAAGAACAACUCCAACAAUCUCAGCAGGGCGAUGGAUCAUGGCAUUCAGCAGAAGCUCGCGGCCAACAUUCUACUCCUUGGUGCUGAAAAUGUUGGAAAAUCAGCUCUCACCGUGCGUUUCCUAACAAGAAGGUUUAUUGGCGAAUACGGGGAUAUUGAGUCAAUAUACAGUCACAACGACAAAGUCGACGGCCAGGAGAUUUCUUUCAACAUCUGGGACUCACUGUAUCCUCAGAGUUGUUUUGCUCCCGAGUCCAUCACCGACAAGCAGUUACAGUGGGCAGACGGAGUGAUUCUGGUGUACAGCAUCUGCGACCGUGCAAGUUUUGACGUGGUGCGUCAACAAGUGCAGCUCAUCAGGCGCUCCAGAAAGAUGUCCGUCCACGCGCCCAUCGUCAUCGUGGGAAACAAGCGCGACCUCCAGCACCAGCGCGAGGUGCCCAGUGAGGAGGGGCGGCUUUUUGCCCUCUCCGCCGACUGCGGAUUCUUCGAGAUAUCCGCUGCGGAGACGUAUCACGGCGCCCUGCUUGUUUUUCACGAACUUUUGGAACGCAUCAAAGAGUCGAGGGCCAUCAAGAAGGGACUGGUCGGCAUCAAGGGGAUUGUGAGGACGGUAUCUGCUGUGUUUGGAAAGAAGCGCGCAGAAUAAGCUGUAGACGCACUGGAUAGUGCACCUUGUCGUCAAAUGAUUAGCCUACUACGGAAAGGGUAGAUAGGCCCAGGUCACAGCCAAUACAACCCCAAGUCGAGGUUGAAAUGCGAGCAUGCGUCAGAAGAUGACUGGUGAAUGAACAAGUAAUGUCCUGUAUGAAGGUAUAAGUAUGUUGGAUGUGGCAUGCAACUCGACCAGGCCAUGCGAUGCUCAACUGCCUUCACAGUGGCACAGGGGGCGGGCUAUUUUGCAGAGCUACAAGUGCUUGGAGAAUGACGAAGGCUGUUGGCAUAGCACACUGUUUUCUCCGGUUUGGUUCAUGGAACAGUGCGCAUGAGUUUGGACUUGGAGGGUAGUGCUGAAAUCUUGGAAUUUGGGUGUUUCACGCAUACGACACAUUGUCAGUUGAGGUUAAUUCUUAACAAGUAGCCGUAGUCAGUAUGUCUUUUUGAUUACAGCAACGCAAAGACAAGACGAGUCGUCAAGAUUUACCGUAGCCCUACAGAAUAGAUGUAUUCUCAAGUAGCCUUCACUUGAAAAGGAGCUCUGAGCUGCUGAUGUUAAUAAACUCAUUUUGUACCUGCAUCAACAUGUAAAUAAAUAUUGUAAAUUUUGUGUUUAAUGUAAGCAGGCAUAUUUUUUUAAAUUUGACUGUUAUAGUUCAGGUGAUAUUAUUAUUAUUGACUCCACUUGUGAAGUCAGUGAUGUGAUUGGCCAGUGUUUUGUUUGUUUGUUUGAUUGUUUGUUUUUUGGAAAAUGACUGAAUGAAAAAUCAACAUUGUCAAAUGUUCAAUGUAAUUAAUAAAGAUCCA